GUCAUACUGAUACACCAUCAUGACGAUGAUUGUGUUCUCUUUUUUUAGUCACGUCAGCAAUAAAUAUGCACCGUACAGAUUGCGGCAGACAUAAAUAUCGCUGGGCAUUUCUCACUGUCAGUUGCUCACAGUUCAUAGACUAAAAUUCGAAGGUCAUGACACUCCCACCUGCUUCAGGGUUUCCGGUCAAAUCCGCUCUAUUGAAGGGUUAUGACUUGCAAAUCCGUGAAGUGAAAGGUAGAGGCCGUGCGAUAUUCGCAACUAAACGAUUCCAGCCUGGCGACAUAGUGCUGGAGAGUAAUCCCUACACAUGGGUAGCUGCAGCUGAGAGACAGCAGUCCACAUGCAACCGAUGUCUUAAAGACUCUAAUUCGCUCAAGAGAUGCUCCACGUGCAAAAGUGCUUGGUUUUGCGAUCGCUCGUGUCAGUUGGCAGCGUGGAAACAUCACAAGCGUGUUUGUUUCAAAUCUGAGACAGACUGGCUCCAAUCAGAGACGAACACAGCAAAAGAUGAAGCCCGCAUCCUGGAUAUUGUACUUGAGCUAGCAGAUUCAGGAUUCGGUUUACAUAAGGAGAAUACAAUCCCGCGACCGUCAACAGCUGAUGUAGAGGCUAUGCCACAUGCCACGAGGCCGACAGCAUUAGACUACGUGCUCGCAGGCGUAGUCAUCGACAGACAACGCGACCGUUGCAUUGCGAAAAAUGUCACUCCUUCUCAUCGUACCGUGGACGAAGUCGUCAAAAUGAUUGUUCGGAUGAAGUGCAAUAAUUUCAGCAUCUGGAAUGAGCUGCUGGUGCCAGUGGGCAGUGGGUGUUAUCCAGCCGGCGCUCUGUUAAAUCAUUCAUGCGAGCCCGACUGUAUCAUCACGUACGAUUUAGAUACGAAAGUACAGACAUUCCGGGCGAUAAAAACGAUUGAACCUGGUUGUGAGGUCACACAUUCGUACUUGGACAUAGCGGAAGCAACGAGUCAGAGGCGCGAGUACCUGUUGCAUCAUUAUGGGUUUGAGUGCGCGUGCCCUCGCUGUGAGGCGGCAGAUCAGACUCUUAAUGAUUCGCUUCACGCUGCUAUUUCAUCGGAAGCAGCCGGUGACUGGACCGGCUGUGACUCCCAACGUUUGGAUGCGGCUAAGCAGCUCAUAGCCAAAGUUGCAAAUGGAGAGUUGGACCUGGAGGAGACGGGGAGAGAAAUCGAGAUGCUCGAGAACGCGUUGAGUAUGCAUACCAAAUACUUACACAGACACAAUCUGCAUCGCUUAAAGUGUCUGUGCACCUUACACACGUCGUACCUGUCGUACGGAUUGUUCGCUAAGGACGUUGCCGUACUGAACGAAAUAGUGCACGUAUACACCGAGGUGUAUCCCACAAACCAUCCCAUGAUAGGGCUAAUGCAGUACACUCUGGGCGACGUGUUGAUGGCUGUGGCCCAGGAACAACGUGGCCAGCAACUGCGCACGACGUUUGAAGCGGCGCUGGUUUCGUACAGACGAGCACUUCAGACGCUGACCAUUUCGCACGGCGCUGAGAGUGAGCUAUGUCGCAAUCUGCAUGGCCUCAUACAGCAACACAGCUACAGUCCAUAGUCUCACAAAAAUGGCUGCUGCGGUCGUUAAGCCACUACAUUCAUAGCCAAGGGGACGCGCCUUGUUGGUGUAGCGUCGAUGUGCAGCUAAGGCCAGAGAUCGAUGCUCAUCACCGCUUGCAUGUCGUACUGCGUCACUCUGACGCGCUACCUACGUUAGACCCAUUUGUAUCUCAUAUGCUACCUACGUUAGACCCAUUUGUAUGUCAUGAAGGGCAGCUGGGUCAAGUGAAUGCGGUCUCACAAGCGCAUAGGCUUAAGUGCAUGAGUGCGCAAUAGUACUGCUGGCGAUCACUUUCACUACCUUGGUAUUACUGUCGCAUUAGCAACCACACGUCACAAGAACCAGUGGCACAAGCACAGUGGCACAAGCAUAGUGGCAUGCACUCAGGCAAUCUCUCGCGUACCUACGAAGCGGUUGCGGAACAGCAACGAGCGAGAAGCAACGUGUGGCUCAAAGACUGCAAGAUAGUGUCAGCGAUAGAGACGCGGACGAGAGGACUGAUACGCUGGCGAAUGGGGAUGUACUCCUCUAGGGUUAUGACUGAAUGUGCUCCUCUAGGGUUAUGACAUGCCGUGGAGGUGUUUCACGAAUCUGCUUCUAAUUGGAGAUGGGAGAUAUCGCUUACUCCAAUGUCCAACGUAUGCGACAUUCACUUAGCGCUAUGUAAACCACAACCAGCACAUCUGCGCUCAAUAUGACUGUACAAGGCACAAUGCCGAAACAGUUUCUGUAUUUUUGCUCAGAGGAGAAACGGACAGCGCCGCUAGACACCUGCACGUCCAUGAGUGCAACCAUCAUGGAUAGCUAGCCGUGAUGCACGCAGCCAUGCCACUGUGAAUAGUUACUGUAACCAUCAAGGCUAGCUUAGCCGUGAUGCACGCAGCCAUGCCACUGUGAAUAGUUACAGCAACCAUCAUGGCUAGCUUAGCCGUGAUGCACGCAGCCAUGCCACUGUG